GCGCUUGUGGCAGAGAACCUCAAUCAGCCACGGCGCAACGUUACCAUGAGCUUCACCAUCCCGCCGACAGAUACCCAUCCCGACAUUUUAACUUUCACGACUAGUUCUAGAACUGCCAGCGACCCUGAUCAGCACUGUCCAACCGCAGAAUGCCAGGGGGAAAGAGAGGGCUGGUGGCACCGCAGAACACUUUUUUGGAAAAUAUUGUCAGGCGCUCAAGUGAAACAAGUUUCCUCCUUGGGAACGCGCAGAUUGUGGAGUGGCCUGUAGUGUACAGUAAUGACGGAUUCUGCAAGCUGUCGGGGUACCACAGGGCCGAAGUCAUGCAGAAGAGCAGCACGUGCAGUUUUAUGUACGGUGAACUGACUGACAAGAAGACAAUAGAGAAAGUGAGACAGACCUUUGAUAACUAUGAGUCCAAUUGCUUUGAGGUCCUACUGUACAGAAAGAACAGGACCCCUGUGUGGUUCUACAUGCAGAUUGCGCCCAUCCGGAACGAGAAUGACAAGGUGGUCUUAUUCCUGUGCACUUUCAAAGACAUCACUGUCUUCAAGCAGCCCAUCGAAGACGAGUCCACCAAGGGAUGGACAAAGUUCGCUCGGCUGACGCGGGCUCUGACCAACAGCCGCAGCACCCUGCAGCAGCUGACGCCCAUGAACAAGACUGAGGUCAGCCACAAGCACUCAAGACUGGCAGAGGUUCUACAGCUGGGCUCAGACAUUCUGCCCCAGUACAAACAGGAGGCGCCCAAGACUCCACCCCACAUUAUCCUGCACUACUGCACAUUCAAGACCACUUGGGACUGGAUCAUCCUCAUCCUGACCUUCUACACCGCCAUCAUGGUGCCCUACAACGUGUCCUUCAAGACCAAACAGAACAACAUCGCCUGGCUGGUGCUGGACAGCGUGGUGGACGUCAUCUUCCUGGUGGACAUCGUGCUCAACUUCCACACCACCUUCGUUGGCCCCGGCGGCGAGGUCAUCUCGGACCCCAAGCUCAUCCGUAUGAACUAUCUGAAGACCUGGUUCGUCAUCGACCUGUUGUCCUGCCUGCCCUACGACAUCAUCAAUGCCUUUGAGAACGUGGACGAGGAACCGAUCUUGGACGCCUCGUCAGUCGGGCAUCUGCGGGAGACGGCUAAUCCGCAGAGAAAUGCUACCCGGGCAGAAGACUCUGUGCUCCCGGGCAUCAGCAGUCUCUUCAGUUCCCUGAAGGUGGUGAGGCUGUUACGCCUGGGCCGGGUGGCCCGCAAACUGGACCACUACCUGGAGUACGGGGCAGCGGUGCUGGUGCUGCUGGUCUGCGUUUUCGGGCUGGUGGCCCACUGGCUCGCCUGCAUCUGGUACAGCAUUGGCGACUAUGAGGUGAUCGACAAGGUCACCAACACCAUCAAGACGGACAGUUGGCUCUACCAGUUGGCUACCAGCAUCGGCUCACCCUACCACUACAACACCAGUGGUUCUGGCCAAUGGGAGGGCGGCCCCAGCAAAGAUUCACUCUACAUCACCUCCCUCUACUUCACCAUGACCAGCCUUACAACCAUCGGCUUCGGGAACAUCGCACCCACCACCGACGGGGAGAAGAUAUUCUCUGUGGCCAUGAUGAUGGUGGGCUCUCUCCUGUAUGCAACUAUUUUUGGGAACGUCACCACCAUCUUUCAGCAGAUGUAUGCCAACACCAACCGCUACCAUGAGAUGCUCAACAACGUGCGGGACUUCCUGAAGCUCUACCAGGUGCCUAAAGGCCUGAGCGAGAGGGUCAUGGACUACAUCGUCUCCACCUGGUCCAUGUCCAAGGGCAUUGACACCGAGAAGGUGCUGUCCAUCUGUCCCAAGGACAUGAGAGCGGACAUCUGCGUCCAUCUGAACCGUAAGGUUUUCAACGAGCACCCGGCCUUCCGGCUGGCCAGUGACGGGUGCCUGCGUUCCUUGGCGGUGGAGUUCCAGACCAUCCACUGCGCUCCUGGAGAUCUCAUCUUCCAUGCCGGCGAAAGCGUGGACACCCUGUGCUUCGUGGUGUCAGGGUCGCUGGAGGUCAUCCAGGACGACGAGGUCAUAGCUAUUCUAGGUAAAGGGGACGUGUUCGGGGACGUCUUCUGGAAGGAGACCACGCUGGCUCACGCGUGCGCCAACGUGCGGGCACUGACGUACUGCGACCUGCACGUCAUCAGGAGGGAGGCUCUGCUGAAGGUGCUGGAGUUCUACACCGCCUUCGCCAACUCCUUCUCCCGCAACCUCAUCCUCACCUGCAACCUGCGCAAACGGAUCGUGUUCCGUAAGAUCAUCGAUGUGAAGAAGGAGGAGGAGGAGCGGCAGCGGCAGAAGGACGAGGUGACGCUCACCAUCCCAGUUGACCACCCCGUCAGGAAGCUCUUCCAGAAGUUCAAGCAGCAGAAGGAGCUGCGCAACCAGAGCUCCACCCAGGUGGACCUGGAGAAGAACCAGCUGCGGUCGGAGCACCACCUGCACUCACACCCCCACCAGCACCCGCACCCCAUGCAGAACGGGGCCUCGACCACGGGCAGCAGCAGCGUGGUCACUGUGUCCCAGAUCACCCCCAUCCAGAACUCGCUGGUGUACAUCAAGACCAGCGAGCCCAGCAAGCACAUCAACCGCGACAUCAUGGAGCUCAAGCCCAGCCUGGCCAUCGGCGACCAGAACUGCCUGAAGGUCAACAGCCCCAUGCGCGUGAAGCCCGCCGGCGGCCGCGGCUGGAUGCGCCUCAAAAACAACAUGGCGUCUGCCGACGAGAAGAAGGAGGACUGGAACAAUGUCCCCAAGGCUGGCUCCAUGGAGCUGCUCUCCGAGGACGGCAGGGGCCAGGCGUCGAAGGCCCGGGCCAGGGCUGCGGACAAGAACUCCCUGCACAAGACGGACUCUUGCGACAGCGGCAUCACCAAGAGCGACCUGCGCAUAGACAAGGCCGGGGAGGCCCGGAGCCCCCUGGAGCGCAGCCCCCUGGACCCCAGCCCCGUCCCAGUGGAGGCACGGCACCCCUUCUAUCCCAUCCCCGAGCAGGCGCUGCACGCCACUCUGCAGGAGGCCAAGCUGGAGCUGAAGGGGGACAUCCAGACCCUCAGCAGCCGCAUGACCACCCUGGAGUCGCAGGUGGCCGAGAUCCUCAAGCUGCUCUCGGAGAAGAGGAAGCAGCCCCAGACUUCCACCCCCAAAACCAAAAUCAAAUGCCAGGACAUUUUCACUGUCUCCCGGCCAGUCACACCCGACUCAGAGAAGGACGAUUGACAGUUCUCAACUGUGAACUCUUUACCUGCUCAUUUAUCUAUUUCAUU